UCUUGUUAGUCUCAGAACGCUGAUUUCGCCUCCUCACGCGUUGAAGAUUGGUUUGAGUUUGAGUGAAAAUCUUGUGAUUUUUUUAAGUAUGUGAAGUGUGGAAAUCUCCAUGUUUAAGACUCAGGGUGCAUAUUAAGUUUGUUUUUUGUAAUGGCCCCGAAAAAAGAACCUGCUAUUGCUAGUGUCAAGUUCCUGCUGGAUGGCAAGUGCACAUUUGUGCCUCUCUCUUACAUUAAGAACUUUAAAUCCGACAGUUUUAAGCCGAACACAAAUUACAAAGUUUUCUGGAGUCCAAAUGAGGAUGAGAAACCAGAAGAUGUUCAGAGAAACCAGGGAAUCAUAUUGGACUUGGAUGAUGAAAUCGAAGCUCGACACCCAAGGCGAGAAACACCCAUUCUGGCUGGCUAUUAUAAUGCCACUGUGCUAAAGAUUGCAGAUUCUAAGGAGGCUUCCGAAUCAUUGAAGACAAAGCGAGUCUCUGUUCCGACGAGGAGGGUUCUCGAGGGGCAACAAAUGAAGAAGGAUAGCAAACGAAAGCCAAAGAAAGACUCCUCAUAUGUCUCUAAGGAAAAAAGAAAGAAAAUUGUUGCUAAAACGGAUUCGCUUAUGGCCACCAAAAUGGAGGAACAGAGGAAAAGGAAAGAGGAAUCUUCAACAUCAUCAUCAGGGUCAGGCUCUGAUGAUGAGCUUAUGACCAGGAAAAAGUUUAAGGAAGAGUUGCAAAAAGUAAUGAUUAUGAAUGAUAGUUUGAAGAGAGAGAAUAAAAGGCUGACUGAGAGAAACAUCGGACUGGAAACCAGAAAUGAAGAAUUAGAAGCUGCGAACCUUCGGUGGCAAGAUAAAUUCUUCAUCACACCAUCAGAGGCAGAACUUCCGUCUAAGCUUCCAUGCCCAAUAAAAAUUAAUCUUGUGUCCAAAGAUUUGUUUUCAGAUAAGACGGUUGAUAAAAAGAAAGAAAUGACUAAGCCGCCAGCAACACAAAAAAGAGCAAGGUGUACACCACAAAAAUCACCUGUGAAAGUGUGUACAAGUCCAAGAAAUGUCAUCUGGUCAGUUAACACCAGCCCCAUCAGCACUGUGCAUCCUAUUCAUAGUACACCAGUAAAGCAUGUGUCUCAACCCUCAUGCGUAGAAACUGCUGCCAAGGCAAAUGUUUUGAAACAAUCUGAAGGAGAAGGAAGGAUAGAAAAAGAAGAAGAACCAAAAGUAGCAGGAAAGGAACGGAAAGAAGAACCGAAAGUAGCAGGAAAGAAACUGAAAGAAGAACAGAAAGAAGUAGGAGAGGAGCAGAGAGAGGAAGAGAAAGAAGCAGGAGAGGAACAGGAAGAAGAAGAGGUUGAAGAAAUUGAUUAUACUCUGACGCCAAGAAAGGAGAAAAUGUCUUAUAAUGGAGUCAGGAAAGGCAAAAAAGGUGAUUCGCUUUUCGCAAAAAAUCUCGCUACCGCCAUUUUUGGUGUGGAUACCCUUGUAAGAAGCAGCGUCACUGGCCAACCGGCCAAAGGUGGCAAGAGAAAGAAUACCACUGAUAAUACGGCAAGACCUGCCCUCUCCAAAGCAGGUCUCAAGAUCUUGGAAGAUGCUUUUGAAAGAAGGAUUAAAAAGGAAACCCCAGGCACAGGGGAUGAUGAAUUGAAGGAAAGAAAAAAAGUAAUCAAAGGAGCGAUAGCUGACCGGAUUAAAUAUCUCCGAGCUGGUGACAGCUAAGUGCACCAUAACUUAAUUCAUUUAUUUUUUUGUCAUUUACCAUUCAUUUAUUUUAUUUAAUUCAUUU